AUGUCAACUUCAUCGACAGACUAUGUCACCUUAAUAUCAAGCGAUGGCUUCGAAUUCAUCCUUCCCCGCAGCACAGCCUGUGUCUCUGGCACGAUACGUCGCAUGCUCGAUCCUAGCAGCAAAUUCUCAGAAGCAUUAACGGGUACCUGUGUUCUCGAAAACAUCACUGGCGUCGUCCUCGAAAAAGUCUGCGAAUACUUCUGCUACAACGACAAGAUGAAAGAGCAAGUCAACGUUGUGGAUAUGGAUAUUCCGCCGGAGCUGUGUUUGGAGUUGUUGAUGGCCGCGGAUUAUUUGGAUACUUAG